AUGACUCAAUGUUCCGAGACCCUAAGCCAAGAAGCAGAACUGAACGCGAAAAAGGUUCUCGUAGCCAAAUUGGAACAGGAAAUUCACGAGUUGAAGGCAAAACUGACCAAGACUGGUGUGGAAUACAAUGAACUGACCGAGAAGUACAACACUUUGAAAACGCAAUGCGAGACAAAAAGUGUGGAAAAAGAAAAGGUGGAUAAACAUGUCUCCGAGAUCAGCCAAGUUCUCAAAACGGAACAGGAGAAGACCAAAUCUCUGGAAGAUCGAAUCAAAAAUCAAGCGGUGGAAAGGGAACGUGCAGAACAUGAGAUGCGCAAGGCGGAGGAACGUUUGGAAUAUUUUGUCACUCAGAUGAUUCGAAUAUUUGAUAAAUACGUCAGUGAAAGUGAACUAUCCGCCGGUGGAUGGAAGGAUGAAACCAAAAUUUCCCAGCUGAUUGCUCAUGCUAGUCAACUUGCUGAGGAGAAUGCAAAACACCGUGGCGAAAUCCAAAGUUUGACCGAGCGUGUCCGUCAGCGCGACCUCCAGUUGGCCGAACGAGAUCGUACAGUGGAUCGAUUGGGUAGUCAAAUCACCAGGACCACCGAAUGUGAUCGGGAAACGCGAAACUUGGCCCAGGCUAAACUAAAUUUGACUCCUGACAAAACCACCCGUUUGUUUACAGAAGAAAUUCGAGCACGCCUGGUUCAAUUCAAUGUGCAUAUCUGUGAAUUACGUAUGUUUGUGCGAUGGGCAGUGAAAAAGGCAUGGACAGGUGAAAUGGGUAAAAUAACUGAGACGGGAACCACUGUAUAUAGUUACGGAAUAUCGGUAAACUAA